GAUUGGUUGGCUUGGUGCGCAGUGCUCCUGCUGCUGGCGGCCGCCCUGGCCCCGACUCAGACCUGUGCGGGCUCACACUCGCUGCGGUAUUUCCACACCGCCGUGUCCCGGCCUGGUCUCGGGGAGCCCCGGUUCAUCUCUGUUGGCUACGUGGACGACACGCAGUUUGUGCGCUUCGACAGCGACGCGGAGAAUCCGAAGAUGGAGCCGCGCGCGCCAUGGAUGGAGCAGGAGCGGCCGGAGUAUUGGGAGCGGGAGACACGGAUCGCCAAGAACAGGGAGCAGAUUUCUCGAGUGAACCUGAGGACCCUGCGCGACUACUACAACCAGAGCGAGGGCGGCUCUCACACUUACCAGCGGAUGUCUGGUUGUGAUGUGGAGUCCGACGGGCGCCUCCUCGGUGGGUACUGGCAGUACGCCUACCAUGGCCAGGAUUACAUCGCCCUGAACGAAGACCUGAAAACGUGGACGACAGCAGACAUAGCAGCUCAGAUUACCAAACAAAAACUGGAGCAGGCUGGUGUUGCAGAAAGAGAGAGGGCCUACCUGGAGGGCAAGUGCGUGGAGUGGCUUCGCAGAUACCUGGAGCGCGGGAAUGUGACGCUGCUGCGCAAAGGUGGACAAGGAGGGGACUAUGCUCCAGCUCCAGGGUGAAGACAGCUGCCUGGAGUGGACUGAGUGACAACCAGUGUGUUCAGCUCUCUCCUGCCUGUGACAUCCAGAAACCUCAGUUCUCUUUAGACAACAUUGUCUGAUGUUCUCUGUGUUCCUGUGGGCUCAAUGUGAAGAACUGUGGAGCCCAGCCUGCCCUGCACAACAGGACCCUGUCCCUCCAUUGCUUGGUCCCUUCUACAGUCAACCUUCCAGCUCCAGCCAAACAUGGGGAGACAUCUGCAUCCUGUGAGCUCCAUGCUGCCCUGAGCUGCAGCUCCUCACUUCCACACUGAGAAUAAGAGUCUGAAUGGGACCUUGAUUGUUCACAUCCUGACCUAGGGUUGAUUUCUUGUUAAUUUCAUGGAUUGAGAAUACUUAGGGUUGUGGUUUGGUUUGAUUUUUUUUUCAAGAAAUAAAUGGCAGAUGGAGAACCUUCCA